GUGAACGUCGAGUGCCCCGAAAACUUUAAUAUUAGUUGAAAAUAUUCGUUUCCCAAGUUAAUUGCUCUCCUAUCCUAUUCCCUCAUUUGAUCCCCUUCGAACCAUUCUAUAGUUUCAUACUUAGCGUGCCCAAAUUGAGUUUCUAGUGUAGUCUUUCUCAUGUGUUGUUGGUCGGCGGGGGCGGCUGGUAAAAAAGCAGGCGUUCCGUAUCAAGAUUAAAACCGAGUGCCAUUUGCUCCAAGUGCCGGCACUAAUGAGAUGGUCUUCGGUGCUAUGUUGCUGACGGGCAACGGGCUCAAAGGUCCCAAACAGCAGCAACAGCAGCAGGAGCAAUCGCAACAGCAGCAGCAAGAGCAAAGGAAACCGGCUCCCAUUAAAUCCUCCAGCAAGGAGCAGGAACCGCAGCCCAUUGCAGCCGGGUAUUAUGCCAUCGGCAUUCGCAUACCCAAAUCGCCAUCGUUUCACAGCGGCCUAGAUCAGCUGGCCGACGACGAGUUGGACGAUCAGGUGCAGGAUCAGCAGCAGGGUCAGGAGCAGCAGCAGCAGCAACAGACCGGCAGCCGAUUCAGGUUCAGCAGCGUGGAGGAGCUAAAGGCCAAGUUCGAGGGGCGGAAAACGCCCCUCUCACCGCCAGAGGCAGCAGCAGCAGGAGGAGCACCCACCACAUCCUCCUCACCCUCGUCCUCGUCCACCAGCUCCAAUUCCUCGGCCUCGGCCCUGUCCUCGCUUUCGCAGGCGGCCUCAUCCUCGCUAGCCUCGGCGGCUGCUAACUCCUCGGCCUCAUCCUCGGCCGCCACGUACGGUGGUGGAGCUAAUUCGGCUGCAGCUGCACUGAUUGCCUCCUCGCCAUUUGGAUCGCAGUCCUCCACUUCUUCGCUCUCGAUAUCCUCGAAUGCCGGCAUGUCGAAGAACGCGGCAGGAGCAGGCUCUGGAUCAGGAUCUGGAUCUGGAACAACGACAUCGGGCGCCGCUAGCGGCAGCAAUUCACUUGUGUCCACUUUGGCGCAACACUUCUCGGCGGCCACAUCCGCCGCAGCAUCGGCGGCAGCCGCUGCGGCAUCCUCUGCCUCGGCGGCGUCCUCCUCGUCAGCUUCCUCAUCGACCGCCACCAACAACGCAGCCAGCAGCUCCAUCGCCGCCAGCAAGUCACCUGUGAGCGCGGCCGCGGCCAUAAAGAACAUACUGAAUGCCACCAAGAGUGUGGGUACCAGUGCUGCGGCGGCGGCAGCAGCGGCGGCCACCUCCUCCUCAUCAUCCCCAUCCUCUGCGGCGGCUGUGCCGUCGUCCGCCGCCACCGCCGUCGUCGCUGUUCCCACCACCAGCGAUGUGCCCGCAGAGGAGCUGCGUCCGACGGUGGCCCAGAAUCUGGUGGGCGGCAUUAGCAUCUCAUUGGGAAUUGGCCAGCGCAAUGGCGGCGCAGCACCCGCGUCAUCAGCAGUAAUGGUGACAUCUAACGCCACCCUGGUGGUGACCACAUCGAGCCUAAGCAUCCGGCAGAACGGUGACAUACUGCCGGGUCAUCCGGCGGGUCUUCAGCCCUCGCCCCAGACGCUGCAACAGCUGACGGGCAGUCCGGGAAGGGCUCGCGACCGGAAUCUGUUCUACACGCCACCCACCGCUUCGGUUGCCAUGGCGCUGCCUGCACUGCGAGAGACCGCCGCCAGUGAACGAGAGGAGCUGUUCAUACAGAAGAUCCAACAAUGCUGCACACUGUUCGACUUCUCCGAGCCGCUCAGCGACCUCAAGUUCAAGGAGGUGAAGCGGGCGGCUCUGCACGAAAUGGUCGAUUUCCUCACCAACCAAAAUGGCGUAAUAACCGAAGUUAUUUACCCGGAGGCAAUCAAUAUGUUUGCUGUCAACCUUUUCCGAACUCUGCCGCCAUCCUCCAACCCAAAUGGUGCCGAAUUCGAUCCGGAGGAGGAUGAACCCACGUUGGAGUCCUCUUGGCCGCACCUACAACUCGUUUACGAGCUGUUCUUGCGCUUCUUGGAGUCACCAGAUUUUCAACCAAGCAUGGCAAAACGUUUUAUCGACCAUCAAUUUGUAUUACAACUAUUGGAUUUAUUCGAUUCGGAGGAUCCACGUGAACGUGAUUUCCUAAAGACUGUUUUACAUCGCAUCUAUGGAAAAUUUUUGGGCUUGAGAGCAUUUAUUAGAAAGCAGAUCAACAAUGUCUUUUACAGAUUUAUUUAUGAAACGGAGCAUCAUAAUGGCAUAGCCGAAUUGUUGGAAAUCCUGGGUAGCAUUAUCAAUGGCUUUGCUCUGCCGCUCAAGGAGGAGCAUAAACAAUUUUUACUUAAGGUAUUGCUGCCAUUGCACAAAGCCAAGAGCCUCUCGGUCUACCAUCCGCAGCUCACCUACUGUGUGGUGCAGUUCCUGGAGAAGGAUCCAAGCUUAUCGGAGGCGGUCAUCAAAAGCCUGCUUAAAUUUUGGCCGAAGACGCACAGUCCCAAGGAGGUUAUGUUUUUGAACGAGCUGGAGGAGCUGUUGGACGUAAUUGAGCCGGCCGAGUUCCAGAAGGUGAUGGUGCCGCUGUUCCGCCAGAUAGCCAAGUGCGUCUCUUCGCCUCAUUUUCAGGUGGCCGAGCGUGCGCUGUACUAUUGGAACAACGAGUACAUUAUGUCGCUGAUAUCGGACAACUCGGCGUUGAUAUUACCCAUCAUGUUCCCAGCGCUCAAUCGCAACUCAAAGACGCACUGGAACAAGACCAUCCACGGUCUGAUCUACAAUGCACUCAAGCUGUUCAUGGAGAUGAAUCAGCGGCUUUUCGACGAGUGCAGCAAGAACUACAAGCAAGAGAAGCAGAUGGAGCGUGAGAAGCUGUCGCAAAGGGAGGAGCUCUGGCAACAGGUGGAGAGCUUGGCCAAGACCAACCCGGAGUGGACAAAGGCGAGCCGGUUUAACGACUGCCUGCCGGUCAGCGAGAGCCGGGCCCUGUACGAUCAAUAUAGUGAGAACAGCGAUUUAGCGUAUGAUCAGAGCGAGCAGAAGGCGCGCCAGCACCCGCCUCCGCUGCCGCCCCAGAAACAGGCGCACCAGGAGCCCCGAGAGUAAACGCGUGAAUAUAAUUGUACAGUUGAAUAUGAAUUGUCUAACUUAAGGCGUAGGCGUUUACCACCUUGAUUGAGUGCAUAUAUCCCCCGAUUUCUGCCACAUACAUACAUAGAUAGCUAUAUGACAUCCACACAUCCAUGCCACAUGCCACCACACAUACUAUAUGAAACAUGUUUACUACUCCACGACUAAAAUUUGCAAAUAUUGUACGCUAUUUAGCCUAGCAGUUAGAGCAGCUUACCAAUAAUAUAUUUAUAUGAAACAAAUCGCCCAGCAGGACACACAUAAAUUGUGGUAUGUAUGUGCGUGAGUGUAUUUUUGUAUGUAUUAACUAUUAAAUAUAGAAAUAUAUAUAUAUAUAUGUGCGGAGAACCGAUCGACAGGAAUUAGGCAUUUUUGUUUGUCCUGGACUGGCAGUGGAGUAUCCUGCGGACCGCCAAGGAAUAGAGAUGUCCCAAUUUCUGGGCCACCAAGCACAGUUGAUAACCAGGCAGGAGACUAUAUAUAUAUAUAUAUAUAUAUAUAUAUACCUAUAAGCAUCCUUACAACGUCACCACAACAGACUGGGACAUUGCUGGUCGUAGCGUCUACUUCUAUACUUCUAUAUCUAUAUGUAAACAUGUAAUAUUGGAUCCGUGUCAACCCAGUCGUUUAGUUCCAUAGUCAAGUCAUUACCGGGUCCGUUAGACAAGGAUUUAUGCAGAUACUCUCAACUAAUCUAGAAUCUAGACAAAGGCGACGAAGCAGAUCAAAAGAGUUUUGCUACCACUACCAAGUGCUGUACACGCCAAAAACGAAAGGCUUCAGUUUAGCUAUAGACACAAAUAUAUAUAUAUAUAUAUAUUAUAUAAAGAGAUGUAUUUACAUAUUUUUGGCAUUAUAGAUACAAACACAAUGUGGAAAAUUGCAUAAAAAAUAAUAUGGGUGGAAAGGUAAAGGGAACGUAAUUCAUAGAAAGGCAGAUUUUUUCAUACAGGAAACGGUGAAAAUCAAACUUUUCAACAUAAGAAUUAAACAUAUACUUAUAUAUGGGAAAAACAAAAACUAUAAAACAUUUACUAAAAGUGAAAACAAUAAAUAAAAAAUGAGUUAUACACCCCUAAAACAAUAUAUAUGUGCAAAUUGUAAAUGGAGCAUGUAAUUUUGUAAAAAUUAUAAAUAAAAGUUUAUCAAGUCGA